GUACGACGUCAGAAGGAGCACAUGAACGCAUCGCUGUAGAAAACUUCCACAUUCCCGGUGACAGGAUUUAACACUGAUGUUCGCGCCGCUCGUUUUUACGGUGUUUCCUACAAAAAGUUGGACUCACAGGUCACAGGACAUGUCCGACUGUCCCGGUGAACGAUGAUUAGACCAAACACGGUUUCCCCGUUGUGGAUAUUAUUUCUCGUAACUAGCUAACGUUAACAUCUAUACCUCGGUAACGCCUCCCUGUCGCCUCUGUGCUCCAAAGUACAACCGACGUUAGGUUUGCUGCUGGAUUAUGUAAAAGUUCACCAGGUUAAAGGGUGUUUUACCGGGCAGGUGACACCUCUGUGAUUUUACUUUACUUUAUGUUACACGGUGUGGUUACAUUAACGUUACAGUAGGCUAUAGGUGUGUUUUCUACAAGCGUCGAAAUGCGUGGAAAAGGUGAAAUUACCAUAGAAACCUCCGGAGCGGCAGACCGGACAAAAAGGAUGAAAAUUAUUCACGUCGUUUACCUCAUCGCUGCUUUGGAUAUAACAUGGAUGUUUUUACAGUUUUCUGUAACCCCUUAUUUGGCAAAGAAACUUGGCUUCGACACUUUGUGGUUUGGUUAUUUGCAAACCACGGUGGGCAUCAUUCAGCUGGUUGGGGGUCCUAUGUUUGGAAGGUUUGGAGAUCUCUUCGGAGCACGAGCAGCCUUGUCUCUGGCUUGUGCUGCAACUGUUAUUUUCUUUGUGCUGCUGGCAAUAGCAAACCAUCCUGCCAUGCUUUUCAUCCAUAAAAUCCCCACAAUCUUCAUGCAUGUCAUGCCUGCGUCUCAGAUGGUUGUUGCAGACCUCUCAGAACCUGAAAAAAGAGCAGAUGCUUUAUCCAAACUGGGUCUGUGUUUUGGCAUUGGUAUGAUAGCUGGCUCCACAUUGGGUGGCCAUCUUAACACACGCUAUGGGGAGACAUUUACUGCAUGUUUUGGUGCUGUGGGCAGUUUCUUCAGUUUGCUACUGGUUUUAAAGUUUAUCCCAAAAACUACUAAAACUCAAGCUUCAAGAACCAACAGAGAAAAUGACAACAAAAGCAAGUCAGUAUUCAACGUGGGAGAGAUUACAAGACUGAUGAAGUUUCCAGGUGUGACUCCAACUUUUGUUGUGAAGAUAGUUGCAGGCUUGCCAUCAGGCAUUUUUCAGGUGAUGUUUUCCAUCAUUGCUUUGGAAUUCUUCAAGCUGGAACCUGAGCAGAACGGCUAUCUGAUGGCUUAUUUUGGCAUAGCCCAAAUGGUCAUCCAGGGAGGAGUGAUCGGUCGACUCACAACAAGAUACUCUGAGAGCUCGCUGCUGCUUCUGUCCAUUGGAGUUUCCUCUCUGGUGGGACUGGCUCAGGCUUACAUGCAGAAUGUGUUCCACUUCUGCCUCACCGUCCCCCCAAUGAUGUUUUCUCUCAGUGUGUUUAAUGUCAUCACUGACAGCAUGCUCACCAAGAGUGUACCGUCCUCUGAUACAGGCACAAUGCUGGGGCUGUGUGCAUCUGUUCAAUCUCUGCUUCGCACGGUUGGUCCAACUUUUGGCGGCUUCCUGUAUGUGAACUAUGGCAUUUCUUCUAUAGGUCUAAUCCAGUUUGUUGUAAAUAUUGCUGUGUUUUUUUAUCUGCUGCAGCGUCAGCUCAAGAAGACAGCCGAGCAAAAAGAAUGAAAUCGUUUAGUUUUUGAAAAGCUGUAUUUUUUCAUCUCCAAAUUGUCCAAAACCUAACAGAGGAGAUGAAAAUCAAUAUUUGAUUUUAGGAACAAUCGUCUCUACAGUUGCACAAACUCAAAACACUGCUGCAGACAUGAUGUGAUAAGGUCAAGUCUGUGGUCGAGGGACAGGACCAAACCACUAGAUGGCAGCAAAUCUCCCAUUUCACCUGAUGAUAGUUUUAUUUUCCAGGUUUCAUUCAUUUCAUUCACUGACACAUAAGAGGAACCGUUUUAAAUCAGUUUGCUGAUAUUGAGAUUUGUUAUAUUUCAUAAAAAAGAUUAAAUAGUGGACCAAUCAAUCAUUUAUAAUUGAACAUAGUUCUAUCAAUGAUUUUUCAUUUGUAAUGAAAGUUUAUUUUCUUAUGUGCCAUUGUUUUUCAUUAAACCUUUAAAAGUGA